CCACAACAACAAGAACAACAACUACAAGUUGUAUGCGACUUUAUGUGGACAAAUUGAUUGCCUGUGAUGACGAUUAGUACACAACAUACCUAAUCGUGUCCCCCUUUUUGCCAGACCUUAUUUUGUAUGUGUCAGCUUGUUCCUUUAUCCGCCGACCAUGCCCUUUAUAUAUCGUCUACUUAAUUCUUCCACCAUCAUUCUCGUCUCCCUGCUGGCUUUUGUGACUCUGUGGACCCUUUCUGGAUUCUCCCUUUAUUGUGCUGGCUUUCUCUCAUCUCUGGCCUUCCUUCAUCUCCCUCCUCUCCGUCUCGUAAGUGACAAUAACAGAUUAUUUAUUGUGCAGUAUACUGAUCAAGAAAUGUCGAUGAUUAACCUUAUAUAUAUAUAUAUAUUAUAUUAUUAUAUAUUUUUAGCUCCUCUCUCUCCCUCCACGAAUGUGGUUGUGAUUCCUUCUUGUUUGUCUCAUAAGUAAAUAUUGACAUAUCAAUUACUGCAUAUUAUAUUGAUUAGUA